AUGCCAGCAACAUAGUUAUUUCGAAAUCACCAAAAUUUAGAAUUUUCUCUCAAACCGUCUCUUCACUACAUCUCCCUUCUCCGCGAUUCCCUUGUUUUUAAAAAAUAAAAUAAAAUUGAGCCCAGAGAUCAUCACCGCCAAAUAAUCUAUUUCUUGUGGUAUACAUUUCAUACCUGCUUGGCUGAAGCAACAUGAUGGAGGUUGAUACGGGACAUAAAUUACAAGAUGAUCAAAUGAGCGACUGUCGCAGUUUUGGCAGCAAUUAUCAUCAAUCUAGCCAAUCUAGAAAGAUUUCGAUUGGAAUUCUGAUUGACUCAUUGCCAAAGAAAAGAUCCAGAGGCACGAAGGAAGAUGAAGCUGCAGUGCCAGAUAUAGAAAGGGUAAAUUCUAAGAAAGAAAGUUCAGUUGAAAGCAAAAAAAAGGGAAAAGGUGCCAUUGAUGCUACCACUAAAGGGAAACAAACUGAAGCUCCUAGGCGGGUCCCUUCCCCUUGGACUACUACAAGAUCCUCUCACCAAAAAUCACCAAUUUCUGAGGGUGUUCUUCACGCUGUAGGAACUUCCAGCUUACCACGCUCUACUGGGAGGAGGAACGGGAUUAGCACAGCAAAGAAUGUGCCUGUAACACAUCCAGUAGAGUUUUUUGCCGAACAAACAUCAAAUUCACAUUCUGGUGAUGGAAAGGAGAAGUUUGGUGGAUUCACAUACAAAAGGAAGGGAAGAGAGGAUAGAAACUCACAGCCAGGAGAGGAAUUUACAUUUGCAACUGCACAAGAAGGCUCUACGGUGGAUAAAGUGGCAACAGAUGAUAAAACGGAAGAGAGAACUGAAAUUUUGAAAAUGAAACUAUGGGAGAUAUUGGGAAACGCUUCUUCACCAACAAAUCAGCCAUCUAAUUCUCAGGUUCAUCAGACUGGUGCCAAUAAUUUAAAUCCGGAGCAAAUUCUUAACCAAGCAGAUGAUGUGGUUGUCAAGCCUAGACAGAGCCCAGAUACCAUAGAAACUGAUUCUGAAAGUCCCAAUCAUAUUAUGAAGAGACCAGUGACUCGUUCUUUGACCCGAAAGAGAGCUUCAACUGAACAGAAACCAGAGAAAAAUAAAGUUGGUCCAUCCUCCAGUUACAGACAAAAACUUCAAGAGAAGAAUGUCUUCUCCUUUGAAGAAAUAUUGCCUGGAAAACAAAAUGUUGCUGUCAAUGGUGGCUCCUCAAUGUCUACAAUGAAGAAAGGCCAGAUAAAGAGUUGCGGCAUCGAACCAUGUAAGACUCACCUCAGUGAAGACUACAAUGCAGAUAAGAUUCAGGAAGGAAUUCACAAGAGUGAAAGAUCACUCCCUGCUGAGAAAACAUCUUCUCUUAGCAAUAAAAAGGGAAACAUUCACUGUUCUCUUCAGAAUAAGAGAGAGUGCCGUGAACCAAAGAAUGGAAACAAAGAAAGAGAUUCCAAUCAAUCUGCAAGGGAAGCAUCGUUCUCUGCUGAGAAAACAUUUUCACUUAGCAAUAAAAUGGGAAAUUUUCAUGGUUCUCCUAGGAACAAGAGAGAGCACCUCGAACUGAAGAAUAGAAACCAAGAACGAUAUUCCCAUCAAUCUGGAAGGGAAGAUUCCCACCAGUCCCCCUGGACAGACGUGACUGAUCAACAGAAGGAUUUUAACAGCCCAGCAGCACCUGAACAUGGGGAUCAACAAGAAAACUUUGACACUCCCUCCUCAAAUAGUGCUGUCAACCCACAUGAUGAUUUCCAGAGUCCAACAUUCAAAAUCAAUUCCCCUACCUUAAGUUCCUUCCCAAGCUCAAUGCCAAAAUCUGAUCAGAUAAAGCAGGUUUUUGCCAGCCCUGAACAAGCAAUGAGAAGCUUUACAGUCGGAAAAAUCCAUAGCUUCUGGACUCUCAGGAAUUCAAAUGCAGGUUGUUUUGCCUCAAAUAUUCAAACAGAAUCACCUGAUAUUGCAGCAGAACUUAUGGAUUCCCCACCAAACAAAACAUUACCUGUUAAGGGGAAAAGAGAUGUGGAAGGUGGUCUCUCUGAAUCAUCUCUUGAAUGUGGAUACUCUGAGAGCUCCGAAGAUGGUUCACCUCUUGUUAAGGGUCGCAAGGAAGAAGAAAACUGCUCUACUGAAACUGCAACAGCUGAAAAAUCAAAGUUCAUGCUUCAUCCAACUAAAAGGUUCUGCAACCACAAAGGUGAAAAAGUGAGAGUAUUUAGUCCCAACCCGCUCUCCACAACAGGCAUUGUUGAAACUGAGUUGACUCCUGAGAUUUCAGAACAAAACCAAGGGGAUGAACUAGAAAGGGUCAUCUUGCUAUUUGUCAUGGCUUUAGAAAACUUCCGAAAGAAAAUGAAGUUGGAGACUAGAAAGAAAUCCUCUGAUAUUUUGAUGUCUGUCUCAGAGAAGAUGCAUCUACAGUUGCAGAAUAUUGAGUCACAAAUCCAAACAGAUCUGGGUAAGCUGUCAAGUGUUAGUAAAUCAAAAAGAAAACGGCUGGAGUCUAGAUUUGAAGAACAACAAGAACAGCUAAAUUUGAUACACGAUAAAUUCAAACAAGAUAUUUACCAGCAUCUCCAGGAUUGUAAAAUCACUCUUGAAGGACUAGAAUUGCACCAGAUUGACUUCAAAGGAACUGUGAAAAAGCAAAAAGCAUCACACCAGAAGCUUCUAAUGCAAGCGGAAGAAGCAGUGAAGACACAGCUAGAUGAUGCACAAAGAAUAAUCACAGCUGUACACGAGUCAGCAAGGGAAAAAAUGCUCCAGUUGAAGUAUGUUGUAGGCAAGGGCUUGAAUGAGGGUGGUCUAAGUUGAUGUUCAUGAUGGCUAAAGAGAUGGGGACUUUGCACGGAGACCAGUGUUGGAAGAGGCUGAAGGGUUUUAUGAUAGAGUCUCUUAGAGGUUGAGCUCGUUACCUUUUCUCAGGUUACAAAAUUGCACAUCAUUCUGUGGAAUCUGUCAUUCAUUUCAUAAUUGCGCUGGGAUCAUGAGAAAUAAACAACUUGUAGCGUGUAAUUUCGAGUCACGUGUCCACGGUGUUGCAGUUGAGCUUUAUAGUAAACAAUAGUGAGAUUAUUCAUUUAAUAGCCAACAACAGAUUAGAUAGUUUGAUGCC